GCUCUCCGCACCCCGAUGCUCCGCACUGCUGCCACCCGCCCGACCCUCGCCGUCCGCGCCGCCGUCCCCCAGGCCCGCCUCUACCACGAGAAGGUCAUCGACCACUACGAGCGUCCUCGCAACGUCGGCUCGCUCGACAAGAACGACAUCAACGUCGGCAGCGGCCUCGUCGGUGCCCCGGCCUGCGGCGAUGUCAUGAAGCUCAUGAUCAAGGUCGACGACAUGGGCGUCAUCUCGGACGUCAAGUUCAAGACGUUCGGCUGCGGCUCGGCCAUCGCCUCGUCGUCCUACAUGACUGAGCGCGUCCGCGGCCUCACGCUCGACGAGGCUGGCGCAAUUAAGAACACCGAGAUCGCACACGAGCUUGCCCUUCCACCCGUCAAGCUGCACUGCUCCAUGCUCGCCGAGGACGCCAUCAAAGCUGCCAUCAAGGACUACCGCAAGAAGGCGACCCAGGCCAACGGCAAGGUGACGCCCGGCCACAUCGACGUCUCGCAGAGCGCCGCGACGGGCGCGACGACGGCCGAGGCGCGCCCGGGCCAGACCAUCUGAGCUCUCGACCUCUUUCUCGCGACUCGAUAGCCAUAUUUCGCCGUGUGUGUGAGUAGGCUCCCCCUCCCUGUACAGAUAGUCCACGCCCCCUGCCUUUCCCCUCGUCUGUGACCCCCCCUCUUCCUCCCUCGCUCGGCUUUCCAGGCACGAGCUUGUUCCUCUCGUUCUCCCUCGCUGCAUUUGUGACAUCAACGCUUGCUUGUGACCGUC